AGAAAAGAGUGUGUGUUUGUGUGUGGGGAUUUUUGGUGGAGAGAAAGUCUCUGUUUUGUCUCCUCUAUAUUUUCUCCUCCCUUCAAUUCCUCCAAAUUUCACUUCUUCUUCUUCUUCUUCUUCACACUUGCCCCGAAACCCUCGUAAACCCCAAAAUGGCGACUCAAUUCCCGGACGAUUUCAAGUGCCCGAUUUCGCUGGAAAUAAUGUCCGACCCGGUUAUACUUCCUUCGGGUCACACCUUCGACCGGCCCAACAUCCAACGCUGGCUCGACGCCGGCCACCGUACUUGCCCACUUACCAAACUGCCCCUCCCCGAACACCCCUCCCUCAUCCCCAACCACGCCCUCCGCAGCUUGAUUUCCAAUUAUACCCUUCCCUCCCCUGCACAAUUACACAACACCCAGAGCCAGCCCAACCAGCAACCCCAAACCCUAAUCGCGACCCUGACUUCGGCGGCGUCGAGCCUGGACUCGAAGCUCGAGUCGCUCGACCAGCUCAACCGCCUGUCGAAGCGGGACGCGGCGUUUCGCGCCAAGCUGACGGAGUCCGGCGCCGUCGCCGCCGUGCUGAAGUGCGUGGACUCCGACGAGCCGAGCCUGCAGGAGAAGGCUCUGACUCUGCUGCUGAAUGUGAGCCUGGACGACGACAACAAGGUGGGUCUGGUGGCGGAAGGAGCGAUUGCUAGAGUCGUGGCGGUGCUGCAAGGCGGCUCGCCGAACAGCCGGGCCGUGGCGGCGACGAUGUUGACCAGCUUGGCCGUGGUGGAGGUCAACAAGGCCACAAUCGGGUCGUACCCGUAUGCAAUUCGGGCUCUUGUUUCGCUCCUCAGGGACGGCAAGGGCCGGGAGAAGAAAGAGGCGGCGACGGCGCUCUAUGCUAUCUGUUCGUUUCCGGACAAUCGGCGGCGGGCGGUGGAGUGCGGUGCGGUUUCGAUUUUGAUCCGAAUUGCGGAUUCGGGUUUGGAGCGGGCCGUUGAGGUUUUGGGCCUGUUGGCGAAAAGCAAGGAUGGGAGAGAAGAGAUGCAGAGGUUUAGUGGGUGUGUGAAGAUUUUAGUGAGGGUUUUAGAGAACGGGAGCUCCAGGGGAAUUCAGUAUGCUCUGCUUACAUUGAGUUCGCUUUGCCAUUUCAGUGAGAAAAUGUGUGUGGAAGCAAGAAAAGAAGGCGUCUUAGCGAUUUGCGUUCGUUUGGUUGAAGAUGAUAAUGAAAAGAUUAGAAAAAAUGCUUCUUAUUUGAUUCAGGUUCUGGAUGGGAACCAUUCCAUGAUUUGAGUUACGAAUGAGAAGUGCAGAAAGUGAUCGGCUUUGCGGGUUAGAGGUGUUUUCAUCGGUGGAGGGCCCCCUAAAACACUUAAUGAAUUAUGUAUAUGCAUACGUAUCUUAGGUAGAAGACAGGUUUGAUUCCUGUAGAUUUGCCUCCCUUCAGCUUGGCUUUUGUGGUUUCAAAAUCUGCAGCAACAUUUAUGAUUCUGUUGGUUCACUAAAUGGGCCUGUUUGGAUAUUCAUUGGGUGUCCAACAUUGAACUGGGCUUGAAUAUUCCAUGCUUGAGAUUUGGACCAUGAUUAUGACGCCUGCAUUUUAAUAGAGAACUUGACCAACUCCAUUAACAAAACUGUAAACACAAAGUGGUGGGGGGACAUGAGAUGGACCCUUUGACCGGUGAGCAGUGGUGGUGUUGGUGGUUGACCAAACCAAACGCAUUGUAGCUACCGCUUACUGUGGCUUGUGAUUUGUGAACAGUGAAACCAAGCAUUGUUAAAGAAGAAAGCUUGUACAAACACAAAUGCUGUCUUCUCGGAUGAGAACAUCCACCAGCAAAAAGCAAAAAGCAAAAAUCAAAGCCAUGAUUGUGGAGUAGUUUCAGGGCUUCAGGGGGGCACUUCUCUAGUUCAUUGAGUUUUGCAAUUCAACGAAAAAGUAAGCGAGGGUUAGCUUGACAUAUGCCGGUAUCAAAUCCUAUUUCCGAUGAGGCCCAGGUCUAAAUUUCCGCCCCUUAAAUUGUCUCUUUAAUAUUUAACUCUUCAAGGACGAUCGAUAUACAUUGUUAAUUUAUUUAUUGAAGAUGUAAUUCUUGAGUAGUGUAUCUCUCCUCAA